AUGAAAAGGCGAGAUAGUCACAGAGCUGGGUGCAAGGGUAUUGAGGCCACACGUCCUCUUCUGGGCUAUCCCAAGCAAACCUUGCACGGCCUAAGCGGCUGGAAUCUCCACAGAGGCCAUGAUUCAGAUGACCUAUAUCGUGGUAACAGUGAAGCGGGUAGAGGAGGCGAAAACGACAGUCAAAGAAACAACAGUGGCUACAGCUAUAGUAGUGGAAAAGAUGAUGAUACAGCUUAUCAUGACGAUGCGAGUCAUGGCGAUGGUGCGGGCCACAGUCUGCAGAGUAAUGGAGGUGGCCACACUGGCCAUGAUGAUUUGGGUGAUGGUAGGAAUCCAGACUAUGAAAGAGGACGAAGAAUCGGUCAAGACAGGAGUGGAGUUUCACACGGCAACAGCGAUACUGAUUUUUCUCGGGCACAAGACACUCAGCAGCACAGCAUUGAUGGAUACAUGGCGCAAUACGGCUCAUUUAUCAGUGCUUCUGAUGCUAUUGGCUCCACCAAAUCCACACAAGCGACUUCUUCCACGGGUAUUCAAACAAAUACGGAUAAUCCGACCUUUGAUUCAAGCACUGCGACCAAGACUACUACACCCAACGAAACAGUUUCUUCUAUCAGCACUCAGACAAACACGGAUAAUCCGACUUUCGAAUCAAGCACUGCGACCAAGACUACUACACCCAACGAAACAGUUUCUUCUAUCAGCAUUCAGACAAACACGGAUAAUCCGACUUUCGAAUCAAGCACUGCGACCAAGACUACUACACCCAACGAAACAGUUUCCUCUAUUAGCACUCAGACAAACACGGAUGACCCGACUUCCGAGUCAAGCACUGCAAUUAAGACUACCGCAUCAACAGAAACAGUUUCCUCAAUCAGCACUCAGACAAACACGGAUGACCCGACUUCCGAGUCAAGCACUACGACCCAGACCAACACGCCAUCUCUGGACCUGACCAUAUGCAGCUGUAUUGCAACUACAAUCACGGAGACCACAACAGAAACCGGCCCUACUUCAACGAACACUGUGACUAGUACUUCUACCGAGACGGCAUCAACCUCUACUGAUACGACCACAACCACUGUCUCUAGCACAACAACAGUGACUCCAACAACGACAAGUACUGCUGAAGCCACGGAUACUACAAGUACAUCAGUAAUACUGACGGCGAUAAUGACAACGACUACGACUACGACCACAACAGCUGCCUUUACCACGACAAGUCUGCAGUCUGGUGCUUACACAGCUCCGGCGCCGGUACGUUUGCUCAACCACCCUAGAUCCCAACACGGCAUGUUUUCAUCAAAGAUGGGCGCAGCUUGGCUGUGGGGUCGUGUGAGAUUGUGUGAUAGAUUGUAA